ACGAGGCACGCCAGUCAUCAGAAUUCACCGUACACCCACGUACAACGUAGGGGAUGAAGAUGAAGCAGCGCCCCGCGCGGGCGACUCAUGCCAUGAUGGCGCCAAUGGUGGUGUAGCUAGCUACACUUAGCAGCUGAGCUGGGUUCCUAGCCAAGCUUGCUGCAAAAUGUCAUUGUUAGUAAAGCAUGCAGUGCACCACAUUGCAAUUUGCAAGCAGAACGAUCAGCGCCAGCAGAAACAGCCAUAGCUGAAGAAGAAGUCCGGAGUUGGUCCUGAAACACACUUCUCCUUGGGACUUUUCUCUCGCCCAUUGCAGCUUUAUUUGCAAAGCCGACUUCAAUCCCUUUCAGCGUUUUCCUCGCAUUGCUGGAUUCUGAACUAUAAGCUGAAUCGGAAUUCAAAACACCUCAGAAGGGGCCAACAUGUUUGCAGUCAUCGACAGGGCUACGGCCCGCCCACCACCGCCCAUGGACGUGUCUGAUUCCUGUGCCCCUGAGAUGAGGCACAAAGGUGAAGACAUGCCAGAGGAGGCAAGCGGGCACCCUGGGCUUGGAUACGCACGCGAGCUCUUGACUCAGCGGCACAUGAAGAACAUGAGGCACGAGCUCCCCCCCCACAUGAAGAGCAAUGUCCUCGAGCUUUUUGUGGUGGGAGCAGCCAUGGCGAUGGACAAGAAGAACCCGCUGGUGUCGUAUGCUGAGGCAACUAGCAUGGAUGACGACCAGAAGGUGCUACUGGUUCUGUACGGCAAGCUUGAGAACCUGGGCGAAAUCCGCGAGCUGUACGACCUGCUGCCCCCAGGGGAGGACCCCCUCGACUUCAGUGCCACCUCAGAGAGCGCCGAGCUGCUCAUGGCAAUGUACCUCAGGGGAUUCGUGGACGCUUACGGGGACUGCUCUGCGCAGCCUGCCACCUGCCUCGACGCACUCCAGGGAGACUGGGCCAUGGUUCUCUACGAUGCCUCAAUGGAAUACCUGUUGGUGGCUAGGGACCCUGGCGCCCGGGCUCCCCUCUGCUGGGGCACCGCGUCCGAGACGGGCGCCCUGCUGUUUGCGUCCGACAUCCGCCUGCUGAAGAACGAGUGCGGGCCCGGGGCUGCCGCGGCGUCGGAGUUUCCGGCGGGCUGCUUCUUCGAGAGCAUGGAGACGGACGAGUAUGGACACGUGCGCAGUUACGUGAGGCGCGGGAAGCCGAUGCGCGCCAUUGGCCGCGUGGACAGUCACGGGCAGCUCUGCGGGACCAUGUUCAGGGUUGCCAGCGGCGACGGCAUUGCCGGGAUGUCGCGCAACGGCAGCUUUGGCGAACUUGCCGCUCAGGUGGCAAUGUAAGAUAUGUGGAGAGCGAGGUGUAGAAAGGGCGGUUCUGUGUAUAUUGCCAGGGAAGUGAAAGCGUCGGCGUGUUGAAUGUACAUUCCAGGUGCUUGGUAGGGAGAUUCACUGUUUUCCUCUCGAGAAAUGUAAAUUGAAGUGAAAAGCUCUUGCGCGAGGGAGAACGAAGCUUCGCUUCCAAACAGUUCUGCUAGUGCUGUAUUGUAACGGAUCGGGCUAGGGACGUCGGUUAGCAGAAGCAAACAGCUAAGGUCGAAAACUCGGAAGCCUUUCCAGCUUGGUUGUUAGUAAGUCUAGUCUAAGCCCGGUAGGUUAGUGUAGUGUCCAUGUGAGGUAGAUUUAGGGGCCGGUCAGGUGUUUGAGGUUCCGUAUUCUCGGGGCAGUUGUAUUAAUGUUGCGGCCAUGAACCGGCUUGAGGUUGUGCUUAUGUACGUCUCUCAUGGUCUCGGGCCUCGGCUCACGUUUUCAUUGAGAAUUUCGAGUCGGGCGUGAGCCUUGCAGGGCGUGCUAGUCUGACAGUGGGGUCAUGAAUCCUUAAAAGGAAUGGUGGUCGAUCCGUCGGACAGGUCGCUUUCAUGAUCGAGAACCUUCUGUUCUCCGCAUGUAUUGUAAUUGUCCAGAAAUACACCGCGUACGCG